GGGACCCCCACACCCAGGCUGAUUGGGACUUCUGCGGCUGAUCCUCCGGCGGGCAGCCGCGCAGGCGCGUCACGUGGCCCACGGCGUCCAGGGCGACGAGCCGCGGGCAGCGGGGCAUGGACCUUCAGGCCGCUGGGGCCCAGGCGCAGGGGGCCGCGGAGCCGUCUCGGGGCCCGCCGCUGCCUAGCGCGCGGGGGGCGCCCCCCAGCCCGGAGGCUGGCUUUGCUACAGCUGACCACUCUGGUCAGGAGAGAAAGACUGAGAAGGCUAUGGAUCGACUAGCCCGUGGAGCACAGAGCAUCCCUAAUGACAGUCCUGCCCGGGGUGAGGGCACCCAUUCUGAAGAGGAAGGCUUUGCCAUGGAUGAGGAGGACUCUGAUGGAGAACUGAAUACCUGGGAGCUGUCAGAAGGGACAAACUGUCCACCCAAGGAACAGCCUGGUGAUCUUUUUAAUGAGGACUGGGACUUGGAGUUGAAAGCAGAUCAAGGGAAUCCAUAUGAUGCUGACGACAUCCAGGAGAGCAUUUCUCAAGAGCUCAAACCUUGGGUGUGCUGUGCCCCACAAGGAGACAUGAUCUAUGACCCCAGCUGGCACCAUCCGCCUCCACUGAUACCCUAUUAUUCCAAGAUGGUCUUUGAAACAGGACAGUUUGACGAUGCUGAAGAUUGAGUGUGGAGCUUUCUGCCUUGUAGUAUCGUUCAUCAAGAAAGAACCACAACUGACCACAGCCAAAAUCUUGAGUGAUGAGAGAGGAUAUGUGUGUGGAUCAAGUGUCUGGAUGAUCAUUUGUGAUGUAUAUUUGUUUUCCCUCCUUCAUUCUCCUCUCCAUGCAAGCAGUCAGUUGGCUCUCUGUCAUUGCCUGAGUGGAGUCAUGCGGCAGAGUCUAAAGGAGCCAAGAAAUCUUUCUGGCUUUUGUUUUACGAAAUGGAUUUACUGAUUUGUUUUUUGGUAAGGAGGCAAAGGAGUUUUGGGCCAACAGACUGUGCAUCUUGAAGAAAUCUGGAAGAAAAGAAUUUUCCCCAGGACCCCCCCACCCCCAACAAAAAAAAUAUCUUAGGUCGUGAGAUAUGGUAGAGAAGAGAGAAGAGAGAGAGAUUGGGGGAUGCUAAGGGCAGGUGGAACAGGAGCGCUGCUUCUUGGAGUGUCCCUGGGGAGCUAGGGACUCAGAGCUAUCACUCAGAGAGUGAUAGAUGUUAGUGCUUGUAGGCAGUUGGGACUGUCUUGCAAUGCCCAG